AUGGCGAGCCCGUCCUGGCACAGCGAAGUCGCCCUGGGCCUGACGCAAGUUUAUACCAAGUUGACACAGGCUCCUUACCUGUCGCCUGACUCCAUCCAACACCCACCGUCUGAGGGAUGGGGUGACGAGGAAUUGGACGUUGAUGGCCUCCAAACCACCCUGGGCCGCUCCGACACCGCCGUGGACCUCCUCCGCCGCCUCCCCUAUUUGAAGCCGGUGGAAGCAGGCCCGCAGACCGGACAAUGGUGCAUCUUCCCCAAGACCAAAGCCAUGCGCUACUUGCGAGACCACAGCUCGCUUCGGCAAAAAGACCUCGAGGGUCUGUACGAGCUGGCCAGCCUGCCGCCAGACAUGGUCAGCUUAACGCACCCUGCCGGCGAAUACACGCACUACGGCCCCCAAUGGUGGCUCGUCGACUGCAAGACCGGCCGCAUUACCAAAUAUGCAGGACCUCCUCGUGGUGAGGCGCUGGCAGAAGAGUUCGAGGCCGAGUGGAAAAAGGCGCCGACCUACGCCCCAGCCGACUUCUUCCAGGAGGUCACCACGAUGCUGGGGAAGGACUUCUAUCCUGUUCCAGGCCUGGUAGAUGGCAUGGAAGCUGACUUCUGCACUCCCGAUCGCCGCGAGUCCACCACGAUCUAUGAAAUAUAUAUGCUGGCAGGCUGGCAGCACGGCCACGGCCCAGGGCCUUACUUUGAUCGCGAGAAGUGCGGCAAAGAUAUCGAGGCGUUUCUGAGGGAUCAAAAAGAGCGUGAGUCUAGGAAGCGGAAAGCGGAGAUCGCCCGCGACGAGCGACGGCCACGUCCUACACAAACAGAUGAUCCUACCACAUACCCGGACGGGUAUGACCGAGACGUGAUCGUCACGGGCCUGACACGAUACUACGAGACCCUCGCGCAGAUGGCCUUCUUCCCCACCUCUCUCAUCCAAUACCCGCCCGGCGGGCGUUGGGACGAUGACGCAUUUCUUCCGGCGGAUAAGAUAAAACUGCUGGGCUUCAACGAGUCUGUCGUCGACCUACUGCGGCAUCUACCAUACCUCGAUGUCGACGAGUCACACGAAGACAACUGUUGGUCCGUCAACGGUCGCAGCGAGCCGCAGCGUUACCUCGAAGAUAACCUGAUACUGAACGAUGAACUCUCCGUCGGCAAGGCGACGCCGGAAAGCCUGUACGCCAACGGCCUCUUCCCCUUUCCAGAGAAGAUGCCCGGCGGACUGGUUCCGAUCGCGGGCCGCGAGGAUGGUGAGUGGUGGAUCAUUGAUACCAAUGCCGGCACCGUGAUCGUCUAUGAUGCCGGCAACAAGCAAGUUGCGGAUGCCCCCGACGACAAGCCCUGGCUCUGGGCGCGGACCCUGUCGGCCCAUUCUUCGACGCGCUCGUCAAUAGCCUGUAUUCCCUGGACUUGGUACCCUUACCGCGGCCUGACACUGAGAUUGCCGAGUGCUACCCCGAGGUUUGGGGCGUGGUACGGGAGGAGGGGGAGGAAGAUGACGAGGAUGAUCCAGAUCCUGAAGUUGAGGUAUGUGAUGCUUUGCCCUCGUUAA